AUGAAGAUCACGCUUAACACGUUGAACGCAACGCGGUCCACCGUAAUUCGCGAAGUGGUAUUACGUGAACAAGAUGAAAAUACGAUCCCACGCACUUCGAGAACGGUGGAAUGCGGCUCGCUAGCAUCGGCUGAUAUGUCGACGCGGAGCGGUGCCAGCGCGUUCCGGGCCCGACGCGGGCACAAGGAGCGCUCGAAGAACUUCACCGAGCUGGAGAAGAGGACGGUGCUCGAGCUGAUCGCGCGCCACCGCGACGUGCUGCGCCAGGGCCGCUCCAACAACGCCACCAACAGGAGCAAACAGCUGGUGUGGUCGACCAUCUGCGAGGAGGUGAACAAGCGGUGCGGAGGCGAGCGGCCGCGCACUCCAGCCCAGGUCAAGAUGUGGUACGAGAACUACAAGAAAAAGUGCAAGAUGCGCGCGCACGACACGCAGCAACCGGCCGCCGAGGCGCCUCCCGGCAUUCUCGAUGGUAUGCUUUGGCAGAGUAUACAUCCUCUCGACGUCAAAGAUGAAGAGGCCGACGCCACAACCAGUGUCGAGGGCUCGCACAGCAUCAAGGACGAAGACUGCGUGCCAGUUAAUAUGUCCAACGGACGCCUAUCGAGCACGAACGACAGCGACGACACGAUGCCGAACGUACUCGAGCCUCAGGUGCAGAUCAUCCCCCAAUCCUCCCCCACGCCGCCCCCCCACAAGGCCAUCCCCAACCCCGCCAUCAACCCCCUAACUCUCACCUCGCACUUACCGAUAAUAGCGAAUCCGCUGCAAGCUCUCGAGCAGGCGAGGAUACAGCAGACCUUUCUGCAGAAGCUCAACGAGAUGUCAAAUACUCCGCUGAACCUGAGCCACCUCGACGAGGAGAAGAGAAGGAACGGCCACGACAGGAGCCAAGAGAAGACUGAGGAGCCGAUAAAGAAUGACUGCUCGACCGCAACCGAAGAGGAGAGACUCUACUUCUCUGCUAAAAGGCAGCACGCCAUAUGGGAGCACGAGGCGAAAAUGAAGAUUCUAAACAUGGAACUGCGUCAGAAGGAAGAGAUAUUCUCCCUGCAAAAGCAACUGUUCCUCAUCGAGCUGAGAUUGAAAAUGGACUUUCUGGAGAAGGCCAGCGCCAAG